AUGAAAUUAAGAGUAGUCGGGCCAGGAAUUAACCAGGUCGUUACUUUGAAGCAGGAUGCAACAGUCAAUGACCUCAUUGAAUAUGUCGGUAUAGAUGUUAAGACGUUGAGGUUCGGAUACCCCCCUCAAAGAAUUAGUUUGCAAGAGGACGAUGUUGCCCUAAGACAAACCCAGCUAGACGAGCUGGGAAUUAACUCUGGUGAAAAAAUCACAUUAGAGCUUUCCCAAAGCAGUGAAAGUUUCAGUAUGCCGCCACCACAACCAAAACCAAGGAGAGUGCUAAAAAGCACUGAAAUGUCCAUCGGUGGCAAUGGGGAGGACGUUCUAUCGGUCCAUCCUGUUCCCGACGACAACUCAUGUCUCUUCCAUGCUAUUGCCUACAAUAUCUUCAAACAAGAUGACGUUCGUGCUCUUAGAGAGAUGGUCUCGAAGGAGAUUCUUAAGAACCCCAACAAAUUUAAUGACGCCAUUUUGGAUAAAGCUAACAAAGAAUACGCGCAAUGGAUAUUGAAAAUGGAGUCCUGGGGUGGGGCCAUCGAGAUCGGUAUCAUAUCAGAUGCACUUGCAGUAGCUAUUUAUGUAGUGGAUAUUGAUGCCAUCAAGAUUGAAAAGUUCAACGAGGAGAAGUUCGACAACUAUAUCUUGAUACUGUUCAAUGGAAUCCACUACGACGUCCUAAUCAUGAACGAAUUCAAAACCGUCUUUGACAAGAAAAACCAACCAGAAUCGGAUAAUGUUCUUACGGCAGCUUUGCAACUGGCCUCCAAUUUAAAGCAAACUGGCUACUCUUUCAACACUCACAAGGCCCAAAUCAAGUGCAACACCUGCAGAAUGACUUUCGUGGGCGAGAGAGAAGUCGCUAGGCACGCUGAAUCGACGGGACACGUUGAUUUUGGACAGAAUAAAUAA